UGCCUGUACUCUUCAGAAUCAUAUGCUGCACUUCUAGAUCCCCAGAUUCUCACCCAUUCCCCACCCGAGGGGUUAGUAUCUUACCUAGAGCCCAUUCUGUCGAUGUUCGGAGCAUCUCCAUCACCGAGCGCACCCUGAAGCAGCUUCCGCAAAGUCCAGGUCGAGAAAGGAAAAAAGAUCAAGUUGGUGAUUGACCUGCCAAAAGACCGAAGCCCCUUCAGACAAUGACACCCGAUGCCGCUGCGCCGCAUGCAGCUCAUCCUAAGGUCCUAGGGGCCAAAGGGAAGCGCAUCAAAACCAUUGCUGCCUCCGCCGUCAACCUCCAAGGGCGACUAUUGAGCGAUCCACUUGGCGCAGCCGAAGACAAUCAACUACUUGACGAACUCCGAGGCCACAUACGGUCCCUACACUCCCACUCGCAGAGAAGCAAGCCGGGUUCAGCCGGAGACAGCGAGCUCGAUCGGGCCGGGACAGUAUUGUGGAAUCUCUGCACCCGCCUUAGGCGAGAGUCCGAUGCUCAACCUCGCUCGACGAACAAGCGGAAGUUGUUUCUUCUCGGCCGCGUCUUCGCCUUCCAUCUCCUCGGCGCCGCGCAGUGUACAGAGAAUGCUGACGCCGCAGCCGUCGUCCGGCUCCUGAGGCUCGCGCUCAAGGCCGGGAGGAGUUGUAUUGAUGAUUCUGAGUUUGGGUUUGCCACGCUGGUGUUGCAGAAAGCCGUAGAUUGCAACACUCGACUACACGACCUUCGCAGCGACUUGUCGGCCGAUGACGUGAAGGAUGCCAGGGGUCUUGAAGCCGAGUACUUCAUCCUCCGUGCUGCAUUGGCGUGGAAGGAAAACCGGCUAGAUGUCGCCGAACACAUGUACAACAACGGGAAGCUAACCCCUGAAUUUCUGGACCCCUAUCAAGUUGAGAAGCUGGCAGAUGUCUUAUACGAGAUUGGCAAAGAUUUGUCUGGGAAGAGCGAUUUCUCGAUGGCUGCCAAAUGGCUCAACCGAGCACACGACGUUGUCAACAGCCAGGGACUGGAACUUUUGAGCCGCGAAGCUAUCGAGUUGCGGACGGCCAUAUUGCAAACCCUAGUCACGGCUCUAUUGGGUCUGGGAACGACUGGCGGCUUCGAAACUGCAGACAAUCUUGUCAACGUCAUCGAGUCAGAGAUGGGCAAUGAGCUGGUAGUUUCGCUCCUGAGACUUGAGAUACUGCAGAAGAGCCCUGCGGAGGUCUUUGACAGUGAUUCUUAUGCUGAUGUCCUACGACGUAUGAUCAAGUCCUUCAACUUCACCGAAUCGACCUUCAAGCUCGUCGUCCAUCACAUCCGGAAGUUGCAUGACAAGACUCCAGGCCUUGGGUGCAAGGUGAUCGAUGAGUUCAUCAGAGCUCUUCGCAAUGCCGAUACAGACGAGUGGAUAGAAAGACUCGUCAUCAUCCGUAUGUGGAUGACGACCAACCAACGUGACUCGGUCGACACUAUACAAUCAGCGGAGGAUGUCCUCACCCAAGUGGACAGGCACCUCAGUGCCGAUGCCGCUAUUGCUGCGCAGACACUGAUCUGGAAAAGGCUCGAAUCGGGUUAUUCCCUAGGGCAGUUCGAGUUGGCCGAGAAAUGGUGCCAUCUGGCCCUUCAUGCCGCUUUCCGGAACUGUGGACCAGGUAAUAUAGCAAAACUGGAAAGGAAAGUCCUUCUCUGCGCCAUUGCGAGAAAUGAGAUGGACGGGGCUCGGUCAAUAUUCCAUUCUAUGGCCGAGAGCACACAACGGGAACCGAAAACCAUGUACUUGAUGUAUAAAGUCGCAACCCGGACUGGCGAUCGUUCUUUGGCUACCCGAUGCCUCGAAAGUGUCAGCAUGGCCACUGAGCAACAGGAUUAUCUUUAUGCCUGCGUUGUCGACUCGCAGCAGGCCGGAGAUAAGGUCUGUGCUGUAGAGGCUCUGAGGAAGCUGCUUGAGAAGCACGAGUACAAGUCGCCGAGCCCUGUACACCUUCCAGCACUCCUUCGAUGCACCAUUAGGCUUCUGAAGUCGGUUUUAGACAGUGACGAUGGUCGAUGCGGAGAGAUGGACGGUGUUCAAUACCUCUGCGAGCUAUUUGAUGCUGCUGUCACGGCGAUAGAACGAGAGCCACGAGAUGCCAACGGCAACAAGCUUUUCAGCAUUGAUGAGCUUGACUGGUUUGCCAGGAAUGCCUAUAACCUUGGCUUGAAACACCUCGACAGCUGGGAUCUACGCCACUCCAUCCAUAUCUUGACGGCUUGCACGAGCAUUAUCAAGCUGUUCCCUUCGGAUGUCACCUCUCAAGUUGCCCAAGAUAUGUCUUUCAAGCUCAUAUUCAGCAAUUUCAUCAUUGCGUCGGCAUUGGUAGCACAGGCACGAACGCAGGACAAUGUUGAGAAGCAGUUACAAGACUAUCUGCUGAUGCGGAAGCAUAUUGCUGCCUUUGAAGCGGAACUGCCCGGUCGAUUGGAUUCUCUGGAAGGGAAAGCUCGGGAAGACCUCCUCAGCAAGCUGGCGACGCUGCUAACAUUUGACCUCGAGGGCGCCAUCUGCCUCAAGAAAUGGGAAGAUCUGGGCGAGAUUAUCCGAAAGACGGUCCAAUGUAAGAGCGUUACAGCAUUCCAAGGAAUGGGGGAUUGUCUUUUGAGAUCAAGUGUGCCAGGUCGAGAACUUUACGCCACGAUGAGGAUCAUCAUCAACGAAAUAUGGACUCUGGAGAAUUUCACGGUAGAGAAGUUGGCCAAGUAUAUGCGCUGCCUAUUCCAGGCUACAUUGCCACUCGACGAUGGUCUUGCGCUGGGGCUGAUGGACGAGUUUUGCGAGUGGACUUGCGAGGCAUCCAAGACGAUGAACCAGAUGCCGGCGGAAGAGCUGGAGUGGCUGGCAACAACAGCGUUCAAUCAUGCUGUUGACUGCUACGCGGCAAGGCAAGACGAGCAGUCCAAGCAGUGGGCAAGUAAAGCACUGAAUCUGGCACACUACUGCAACGACGGUGGAGCCCUCGAGGGAAUCCUUCACGAGAAGCACCUGUCACUGCGCUUCGAUGCCAAGUAAGUGUAGAUGGCGGGGGUUCUGUGUGAGGUGUUGGGGCAGGUGACGAUUUGCUUCAAGGCAACGAGCUACUCAUGGAACAGUCGAACAGACUACGGUAGAAGCGCAUGUAUGGCACUGAAUCAUCCAACCAAACGGAAAGCCAAUGUCGCUCCAAUUUCCCUAGCAACACUACCAAAUUGCUAGAUAACCAGAUUGUAUCCCCAACACCAAGUCAUCGCCCGUCAUAAAAUGCC